AUGUUUGCCCAAGUUGACUCACCGAUCAACUACUCGAAACCUGGCUCCGGAGGCAACUCUGGAGGAUCUGGAGGCACCAAGCCACCUUCUGGUGGUUCCGAUUCGAAACCCAAGCCUUCGGACGAAGAGCCUCCCAAGCCUCCACGAGGCCAGGAGGUCCGAGGUUGGGGUAUGGGUUAA